AUUCGUCUGUAAAUUAGCUUUGAUACCGACUACCACCUUCGCAAAGACAUGAGUGCCGUCGAAGCUUUGUACGUCUUUGACAGCUUUUCCCCGGCUACAACACCAAUCCUACAACAUGAAUGGAGAUCACGACCAGCUACUAAUGCUGCCUCCCUCUACUCGCUCUACAAAGCUCAACCGUCCCCACGUCCCUCAUUAAUAUAUCUGCCAACGACCUCACCCCCUAUUCUGCUUUUCAACAUAAUACAUAAUAACCUCUUGUUUCUUUCGCCCGCAACGUCCGAGAUAGAACCGUUGCUAGUAUCGGAGUUCUUGCAUCGGGUGGUUAAUGUUCUCGAAGACUACCUGGGAUCCCCAUUGCUGGGGAGCAAAAUUGAGGCAAACUAUGACAUAGUUGCUCAGUUGCUGAACGAGAUGUGUGAUGACGGGUUCCCAUUCACGACGGAACCGAAUGCAUUGAGGGACGUGGUACUGCCGCCCAGUUUAAUGGGCAAGCUCUUAGGAAGCGUCACUGGUCUACCAAGCGCCUCUAUCCCUUCAUCUUUUACUCCCUCACCAACUAGAACUCUAUCCACAAUCCCCUGGCGCCGUUCCAAUGUCCGUCAUACCAACAACGAACUCUACGUAGAUAUAAUAGAGCUGAUCACAGCAACUAUUGCACCCUCUGGACGCUUCCUAUCUGCGCGCUCAAGCGGUACAAUAGCGUUUAACUGCAAACUGUCCGGUAUCCCUGACCUUCUAAUGACACUUCAAGCACCUACCAAUCAUAAACAAAAGCUUGGUGCCCCGCCAUCCGGGGGGCUAGGCUUUCCCGUCUUCCACCCGUGUGUUCGGCUUUCUCGAUGGAAGGAGCGGCCGGGGGAACUAUCUUUCGUUCCUCCAGACGGCAAAUUUGUCCUUGCAUCUUAUGAGAUCGACCUUUUGCCUUCCGGUAAUCCAAAAAGUGCAAUACAGCCGCAGCUACCUGUUAGCGUAGAGCUCAAGAGUGCAAUCGGACCACAGUCGUCUGAGUUCGAAGCUCGGGUUUUCAUUUCUACUGCUUCCCUAGCCCCCACAGCCAAUACCCUCUCAGCAAACCCAUUUGGUCCCAGAUCUAGUCGGAGUCCAGCAUUUGGGGGGUCGAGCAACAACCCCACGGUCGAGGAAGUAAGCAUCAUAUUCCCACUUCCCCCGACCGUUAAAACACUCACGGGCACACGAUGCUCGCGAGGAGAGUUCCAACAUGAAGGCAGAAGAGUGACAUGGAAGAUACCCACGACUAGUGCAUUCUCCGGAACAGCCACACUUAGAACUGGUGUGGUUGUCAAGAGUUAUGGCGGAGAUGAAAGUGAGGGUGAAGAAGAAGCAGCUGUAGACAAUGGAGAAUACCAGGACGUUCAGACAGCGGGGACAGCCGGGGUCAACGGUGGUAACGAGGAAGAGAAGGCAAAGAGAGAAAGGCAAGCGAAGAGGAAAAUGGAAAUGGCUAUGCCGAGAUGUGCUCUAGUGGCAUUUAGUGUGAAAGGGUGGUUGGCUAGUGGUGUUAAGGUUGAUAGCUUGAAGGUUGUUGGCGGAAAGGGAUUGGGAGAGGGCGUAAAGCCUUACAAAGGAGUCAAGUAUUUGACAAAAGCUGGCGAUAUCGAGGUUAGGUGUUGA